UUUUAGCAGUUCUUUAUGAGCUUUUUUCUUCACAAAUAGUACCAUGGACUGAAACAUUUUGUUACUAUAAUGCUGAUGAAUUGAACUAUGAUCAUCUUUACGCCUCUCAAAUUGUCUUCACUAAAUCAGUUCUUUGGCUAGUGAGCUAUCCAAUUAUUGCUGUUAUCACCACUAUAACUUUAUGUCCUUACCAAAUUGCCUUGCAUUGUUUCAUUGCUGCUGUAAUUUUAGUGUUUGCAUUUGUCGUAGCACUUAUAUUUUUGUCAAUGGAUUAUUCAGAAACAAAACAUUUUCGAAGUAGAAAAUCAUCAAAACCUCCCUCAAUGGAGAGGAGCAUAAGGGAAUCAGCUCUUCAAAGGGUUUUUGUGACUGCGACAAAUAUAUUAAUAGGAGCAGGUACAGCAUGUUAUGCAGAGAACAUUUUGUGGAAUAUUGAAACAUUGCCAGGAUUCCCUUACAAUUAUGAAUAUCUAUACUGUGGAUAUUAUUCUCUAAAUGUUCUGUCUUGCUUGGCAACUUCAAAAUAUUUGCAAUACAGAAGUGACAAUCAGCAAUCAACCAACAGUAGAGAUUCAGACUCUGAUGAUGAAUAUGUGCAUUUUUCAUUUGAGUGGAUUAAGAGAAAUAAAGAAAUAAUAUAUGUGGAGGAACAGAAAUCUAACAUCAUAACAGUGUCAGGAACAUUUCUUAUAUCAAUGACUCUCUUAAUAGUGCCUCUUCUUUCAUCUGCAUGGAUGUUACUUCCUCUGGCUUUCCUCAAAGGAGCAACAGAUGCUUUUCUUGAAAUAGUAGUUCCACAAGGAUGUUGGUUUACUCUAGUGUUUGGAUAUGGCAUUGGUUGCUUUCUGGGAUCAACAAUAGCAAACAUCUUUGGAAUGAGAGGACUAUUUUACUCUGCAUCUUGUGUCAUGUUCGUCUGCAGCUUGAGUUGGUUAUGUUACAGAGACCUUGAAGCAGACAGACAUUUCACCAAUGAAUUAUAA